GCCGCCCGCUGCCACUGGCGAGACAGAGCAGCUGAAGGUGGCCGACUCCAACGCCGACGAUGACAUCGCCAAAAUGGCCAAGACGGAGCCCGAUGAUGAGCGGGCCGCGCCCGCUGGCGUCGAUCGGGUCGCGCCCACUGCCGCCGAGAGCAUCGCGCCCGCUGCCGUCGAGCCGUGGCCCGCUGUCGCUUGCAUCAACGCGGUCGGCCAUUUGAGCAAAGACGUUCUCGACGUGGAGCGCGCGUUCAAGGCUGCGCAUGAUGCGCGCGGUCGCGCGCGGGUGAUGCUGCGCCCCGCCGCCGCGGCGAUGCGGCGUUCCUCCGCCGCGGUCGCCGCUGGCCGUCAGAGCGCGGCUCGCUUCGCCAUCGCGAACGCGCUGAUCAUUGAGGAGCUCAACAGCAGCAAGAACAUGGCGUGCUUCCAGAGCUGGUGGUGCCACGCGGCACUGGCGACACUCAGGAAUUCGGGCGUGUCGGGCACGGCGGCCAAGGCAGCUGGGUGCGAGUGGCACGGGAAGGUCAAGACC